AUGGUUGCCCUCAUGGAAGCAUCUGGCUUCUCUCAGCUGCCGAGAAAUGGUCCAAAUCAGUGGAACUUCACAUCAAGAAUAGUUACCACUGUGGCAAAGAAUCACCAGUGGUUGGUAGAGACAUUUGCAAGGAUAGUUGACUCACAGGACAUUAAGGAGGAUGACACAAUUGAUGCAGCUCAAGGGUUUAUUAAAACCUUGCGAGAUUUUGAUUUUACGUUCAUGCUCCUCACGUUUGAUCAAAUUUUGUCAGAGACAGAUGUCAUGUUUGACAUUGUGCAGCUGAGGGCAAUGGAUGUUGUGUUUUGCAAAAGUAUGAUCCAAAAGCUUAUUAAUUUUGCAGAAGAAAAGAAAUCUGAGGCGUCAUUUCUUUCCACCUAUGAAAGGGCAGCAAGUUUAGCAGAGGACCCAGAGGACUUGCUCAGGAGGAAACUUGGCCAAUUGGGAAGGAGUUUGUCCCAGACACAUGAUCCCAAGCAGCGCUACAGGGCUGUGUACAUAGCUGUUGUAGACAAUCUGGUCGAGCAGAUUAAGCAGCGGUAUGCCGAUCUGGAUAAUAUUUGCUUCUUCGAGCUUCUGAACCCAAACAAAUUUGAAGAAAUGAAACGAGUGUUCCCUGAAGAUGCUUUCGGUUGUCUGCAGGAGGGUUAUGGUCACUUUUUUGAUGCAGAGCGGCUAAAAUAUGAACUUAAAAAGCUGUAUUCCAACAGGGAGCUUCAAGGCGACAGAGGAAGACUCUGUGCCUUCUUGACCUUUUUCAAAGCAGCAGAACUGGACAAGGUGAUGCCCCAGUCAUACAAGCUGAUGUGCUUAGUGGCUACGAUUGGGGCCACAUCCGCUGGCAUAGAGAGGAGUUCUUCCUGCCUUAAACGGGUGAAGACCUACACCCACCACGCAGUGGAUCAGGAGCACCUUAAAAACCUGGCAGUCUUGGCAAUUGAAAGAAAACUAGUAAAAUCACUGGAAAAAAACCCUCACUGGUAUGACCGAGUCAUAGCACAAUUUACAAAGAAAGAAAGAAGAGUAGAGCUCAUGUACAAGCGGUCUGUGUUCUUGAUGGAUGUCGGUGCAGGAGUCGGCCAGGGAGGCGCUGUCGUGUGUUUACUAGGUGGAAGAGCAGGAAAGCGAGAGAGCGAGUGGGGGAGCGAGCGAGAGAGAAAACUUUUCAGUUUUAAAGAGCGAGAGGAAGCGUGCGCUGGAGCGGCGACCAUGCAGGAGGAGUCAGGGGACAUUGAAUGCAGUGAGAGCAAUGGGGUGUUGGUGUGGUCGUGUCCCCUGUGUCAACAAGGACAGACGGACAGAGAUGCACUGGCCCUGCACCUGACUAACAGACACAGCGUGCUGCCUGCCUGUCUAGACAGACUGCUGGAUACCGCUGUCCCUGUAGAGCGUGCCAGUCAAGACAACGUGGAAGCCGACUCCCAAAAUGACAUAGACGCUUCACAGCAGAUGGAUUUGGAAAUCUCUGGGGCAGUAUCUGAAACCUUAGAAACUGAUCAGAAUGCCGAAGGACCUAAGAAGAAUGCUGCCAGCGCCCGGUUGCUCAGAGGGUCCAGAGUCAAGGUUUCCUGCAAUGAUAAAGAGAUGGAGGGGGAAGAAGAGCAAGAGGAAGCUGGUGGCAGCUUUGACCCCAGUCAUGAAAGAACUCAACCUCAUGACUUAACGAAACCCCAAAAGGGAGCUUCCAAUCCCGCUGUCGAUCAUGACAGAUCUAGCCGUAAAAGCAGCGCACCGGCUCCUGGCGACCCGACGAUGGAGAAAUUCCUUGACCCCAACCGUCCCUUCAAGUGUAACUCAUGCUUGGAGUCUUUUACUUCCAAAAGUGCACUGAGUGUCCAUUACAGCUCCAGCGCGCAUCUACAACGAAUGAAAACAGCAUUAUCAAAACAGAGUGGUGAAAAUGACAGUUCUCUCUCCGCCCAGCCAAACGUGACUCGCCCAUAUAUAUCCAGCAAGCCCUACCAGUGUGCUGUGUGUCGCGUUUCCUACAACCAUGCAAUCACUUUGGAAAGUCACUUGAAAUCUGUGUUGCAUCAGACUCGCAGCAGAAAUGCGGGAAAUUCCGCCAGCAGUGCGACAGGGAAUUCUGGAAGUAAAGGUACUGGUAGCUGCGGGAAUGAUACUACCGCGGCUGUGAGCUCUGCUGUAAGCUCUGGGGGUAAUGCUGCACAGGCUGUAAGUGCCACCACAGGGAGUUGCGGCAGCCAGGGAACCCCGACCACACCGGCAGUGACAACCAAAGAUGGAGAGCAAAUAAAACCCCAUCCGGUCCUCUCCCUGCUUUCCUCUCCCGUGGCUUCAGCCCAGGCGGUGUCUGCUUUUCUCACUCUCCUGACGUCCAGCUCUCAAUCCCUGUCCCCCUCUCUGCUUCCGUCACUCUUUACGGUGAAUGCCAGUGCCUCUCCCGCCACAGCUGCCCCUCAGCUGAUACCCCAGCAGCAGCUGCUCCUGCCCCUCUUCCUGAAUGGACUUCAAGCUCAGAACCAGAGUCCAAAUCCUGAAUCUGCCAGUCCUGUUCUGACCCAGCCGGUCUCUGUUUUGGGUCUCAACGCUGCGCAACAGGCUCUCCUGGCCCAAAGACUAAGUGGCUUACAGAGCCUUGGGCUGGCAGCUGGGGACUCUGCUUUCACACAAAACUGUGCUGAAGGAAAAGAGAAAGGGGAGGCUUUAGAGGAAGUGGACAAGGCUGAGGAGCAGCAGAGAACCGUAAAGAGUGAAAAAGAUGAGGGAGAGGAAUCGUUUAAGGGUGAGGACAAAGGUGGAGAGGAAGAAAAAAGUAAAGGGGAUGAAACGGAGGGAGGUAAGCAGGGAGAGCAGGUACAAAUAAAAGUGAGUAAACAGAAAGAGAUGGAAGGAAAUACCGUCUCUGAGGAUUUCUGCAAAAAAAUUGUUCAGCCAAACCUAAACUCCCCAGUUUCUGGCAAUAAAAUCCCCUUUGAGAGCCCUUUGCCGUGCAAUUUGUCUCUACCCAGCACUACCAGCCUUAGUCCCAUCAACCUGAACCUAACACUGAGCCCUGAUACCACUCCACAGAAAUCCCAUACUGAUACCAGUCCAAGCUGCAGUUCAAAUCCUAGCCCAAACCAAGAUUCCAAACUUGCCACAAAUGGCAUAAAAAGCAAGUUGAAAUCUAGCAUUGCACAAUCUGGCCUCUUAAACACUAACCGCACUCUAGGUGUUCAGAACCCUUCUCAUACCAAUGCAAAUUUGAAAGCUCCCAGCCCCAAAGCUUUACAGUUGUCAGAGUUCCAGUCCCAGGUGCUGUGGGCGUUUCUAGAGUCUCGCAGUGAAGCAGAUGCAGCCAGCCCUCCCCAGGAAGACUGCGAAGCCCUAGCCUUGGAGGUGGGCCUCAGUGAGGAGGAAGUACGCAGGUGGCUUUGUGAAGCACGAGUGACUAGAGAGAAAGAGAAGGUGAGGGCAACUGAGCAGGCCACCUGUAAGCUGGUACCAAAAGACAAGGCGGGUGAGGGAACUGACAGAUGUGCAGAUGUGGAAGUAGAGGAAGAGGAAGGUGUACUUACAAUCAUUGAGUCAGAGGGUGUGCAGAGUCCAGCAAAAAGCAGCCAUGCCAUCGAUUUGUCCAACAGUGGCGAGAGAGAGCGAGGGGUAGACAGCCAAGGGGAGUCCUACCUGGACUCGGACAAGGAAGAGUUCUACACGUCUGUCAUUGUGACAGAUGAGGAGAGCCAGAACAGCUCUAUGAAGGAUGAGCCGGUGAGCCCAAUGAGACUGGAGGCGCAGGGAGUGCCAGCUGACAAGAAAGGCGUAGGUGGAGGGAAAGUACUCCGCUCCUCUACUGUGUUCCUCUCAGAUGCAGAAGACGAAGAGGAGGAUGAUGGAGGAACCCAGAAAACGAAGAUGAAAAAGAGGAAGAGGGAGAUGGAAAAGGAGGAGAUGGAUAUCAAGAGGGAAAGGCAGGACCCCGAUGUGGAUUUGGAGUUGGAAGCUCAGGCAGAUCCUCCUGCACCUCUCUCCGUUGAUCAGCAAGGUCUUCCUAGGAUCAGUGCGGGGAACAUCCUGCAGCCCCUUCCACUUUCCCUCUCUCUCACCCCCUUCGCCACACAGUUCAUCAGCCCUUAUGUUGUCUCCCUCCCUGCCUCGGCGGUGGGGUUGGGGAUAAAUGCAGGACAUGAAAGUAGAGGAAAGGCCCCUUCAUUCCCAAACCCCCCUGUGAUCACUCGCUGUUCUGCGCCCUACCCUGAUCCCCUCAACGCACCACCUCCUGCCUCCCACACACCUCCCUCACGAUUCUUGCCUAAUGGAGGCGAAUUUGAGGCGGCACUGGAUCUCAGCAUUGGGAAGAAUCACAGCUCCGCAUCAUCAGCAUCCUCUUCUGCUUCCACAAAUGAUAAAGUUCUGGCGCAGAGGGACCAUUUGUUGGAUGGACUUGGACUAAGGCCAACAACUGUGGGUGUACCCGGGGCAGGAGGCCUUAUUGUGGUCCGUGUGAAACCUGAAUCUGCUUUGGCAAUCCCAACCUCUAAUCCAACGACUAUUAGCAGCACAAUGAGCACUAACAGCAAUAACAAUGCCAAAACUAAGGCUGUGUACAUCAGACCAGCAGAGAGAGGAAGCACCACCAUGAUGGAUAGGGGAAGAGACCAAGAGAGAGAAAGGGAAAAGGAGAGAGACAGGGAGCGAAGGACACCCAGGGUAAGACGGUACAGGGAAAUGAGGCGCUCCAGAACUAUCAUUCAGGCAGAGCAGCUGGAUGUGCUGUAUGGCUGCUACUUCAAAGAUCCAAACCCUGGGAAACAUGAGUUUGAACAGAUAUCGGAGUGGGUCCACCUGCCUAAGAAGGUGGUUCAGAUCUGGUUCCAGAACAUGAGGGCCCGUGAACGCAAGGGGGAGGUCCGCUUCAUCAGUGAUGGCACUUUAGCAGCGGUGGGAAAGCCACUUAUAAAGUUCACCUGGCCCCUGACCCAACCCAUCUUCUCCAGCAACCCCAAACCAGUCCCAAACACCAGCACUCUCAGCAGCAGUAGGGUCUCACAGCCCUCAGCUUCAGCAAAUCCUGUGCUUAUUCAUCCAAAGACAAGGCCAGAGCUGGAGCAAAUGAAGGAGAAGGACAAAGAAGCCCCUCCAACAUCCAAGCCCAAGCCGGAGAUGCAGAAACCAGCUCCACCAGCCAAAGUAAUCCCCAAAGCAAAGGCUGCCAGUGCUGCUCUCUCAGAAGCGAUCAUGGAGACCCCCUCUCCUCUGCCUUACCCUUCCCAGCAGCACAAGGAAGACAAAGGGGAGGUAGAGCGAGGAGAGGAAGAGGAAAUCACAGAUGAAGACGAGGAGGAGCAUACAAGGGAAAGGAUUGGGCCGGGAACCACUAACCGCAUGAUACCAAAACAGUCCACUUCCAUCAGCAAGCCCUCUGCGUUGGGUUCUCAGAAACAGAACGGGCUGACCUACUGGUCCCCCAAAGGCCCAUUCAAGAUCAACACCUUGUCCAGAGAACAGCUGGUUCUCUCUGCAGCUCACACCCCUUCAGCUGCUGCCGCCUCCACGCCCCCCACUGCUACCAUCAAGUCUAGCCCUGUGGACGGUGCGUACCUGCACCACUCUGCGCCCCGCCGGCCACGGACACACCUGACCUCCCUGCAGCUAUCCAUUCUUCAGUCAUGCUACGAGACGUGCGCCCACCCAAAUGCGCUGGAGUGUGAGACGGUGGGGACGGAGCUGGGGCUGCCACUAAAGGUGGUGCAGAUCUGGUUCCAGAACACCCGCGCCAAAGAGAAGCGCUGGCGGCUGCAGCAGGAGAAGCAGUUGCCCAGUACAACAGACUCCAAGAAGGUAGACAUCAGCCCAAGCAGCUACCUGCAAUACAGUGCACUCCGCGCCAACCGCCCCAUCUUACCCAAACCAGUUCAGCUGACAGUGGUGGAACCCUCUACAACCCCUGCCCAGGGCCAGCCAGCAGGGCGUGAGACCCUGAGAGGCAGAUGUGAGGCGUGUGGAGUUGGGUUUGAAUCCCGGGCAGCGGGGAGAGCCCAUGUGUUCUCCCCACGGCACCUGGCCACGCUAAGAGCUACUAACUUUGGCCAGCCACCCUCACUUGUCAACAGUAGUGCAGCUACCGGGUCCAGCGCUGGCGUAGCCGCACUGUCUUCAUCCCCCUCUCCGUCCAUCAGCACCAGCUAA